AUGGGUCAGAGCGACGAUCUCUAUGCCGUAGCAGACUUCUGCUUGGUGCCAAUGGGUACAGGAGAGUCGUCGGUCGCUGAAUAUGUGGCCGAGUGCGUCAGGGUGCUCGAGAAGACCGGAUUGAAGUUCAAGGUACGGGCUCCUGUCCGCUCCGGAUACGGAACCAAUCUAGAGGGCCCUUGGUCGGCGGUUAUGCAAGCCAUUCACGACUGCCACGCCGCAGUGCACGCAAAGGGUGCACCUCGCAUCGCGACCGACAUCCGGAUUGGCACGCGGGUGGACAGGGAGAUAGAACCUGGCACUGGUAACGAUCACAAAGUGAAACGGGUUGAAGAGAUCCUUGCGAAAGACCAAAAAUCUUGA